UUGCCGAGUACGUGCGCGCUCCCGGCGCUGCUUCACGCACGCACACGCGCAGCACGCACGCACGUACGUUUGUUAAAUGCGACGUGCGCGCAACCGCUCCUAAGCGACAAGAUGGCGGCGUCCGCCGGAUCAGGCAUCAAAGUUCCUCGUAACUUCCGGCUGUUGGAGGAGCUGGAGGAGGGGCAGAAGGGUGUGGGAGACGGCACUGUCAGCUGGGGUUUAGAGGACGAUGAUGACAUGACGCUUACGCGCUGGAGAGGAAUGAUCAUCGGCCCGCCCCGGACGAUCUAUGAGAACAGGAUAUACAGUCUGAGGGUGGAGUGUGGGCCCCGGUACCCAGAAACGCCGCCGCUCGUCCGAUUCGUCACUAAAAUCAACCUGAGUGGCGUCCACAACUCCAACGGCAUGGUGGACAUGCGAGCCGUGUCAUCCCUGGCCAAGUGGCAGAACUCUUACAGCAUCCGUGUGGUUCUGCAGGAGCUUCGCAGGCUCAUGAUGUGCAAAGAGAACAUGAAGCUGCCGCAGCCACCCGAGGGCCAAAGUUACAACGUCUAAACCACACAAAGACACACACACACACACACGCAGACACACACACACACACACACACGCAGACACACACAUUUUACAUUCCUGCUCCUUUCCAAGACUCUCGUCACUCCCUUCAUUCCCUUAUUUUAUAUCAUGAGGCCCCACCCCUUCACCAGAGCAGCCAAUCAGCAGCUCUCAUCAGACGACAGAUGCUUGUGAGGACGCAUCAUGGUUUAUUGUUUUUAAUCUUUUUUGUUAUACAUGCAAAUUGUAAAAUAACAUAAAUUAUCUUAUCGAAUGUA